AUGACCUCUUCGCCCGACGACUACCAUCACCAUAGCAAAAAGAAGCGUGUGGGCAAAGCAUGCGACCUGUGCCGCAUCAAAAAGACAAAGUGUGACGGGAAAAAACCCUGUUCCCGGUGCAUCGCCGACAACAAGCUCUGUGCCUUCACCAACAAAACAAAACACAAGGAGAAAAGCCACCCCAAUGGCUACAUUGACUUGUUGGAAACCAGACUUGACCUUGUCACCAAAUCUUUCGAGCGCAUUGUGCUGUUGGCAGAACCUCACUUGCCCUUCUUGCACGAGUUGAUGGCGCGGGCCCGCGCCGAGCACGCUCUCAUUUCUUCGCCGGACUCAGAGGCCCUGGAGCAGCGCGACGAGCACUAUGUGCCUAUCAAUGAAGUGGUGUCCUAUCUUAUUUCUGACAUGGGUCUUUUGGAUAAAGAGCCUUUGGAGUGGGAACAAGGCGCCCGCAUUGCUGCAAAACUUUCGCCUCUGAAUGUUGUCGAGGCCCUGCGUGAAUUUACCAAGCACAAGCUCGAUGUGGCCAACGGGCGGGCGCACUCGCCCAAACCCAAUUACGUGAGUCCGCCGCUCUCCAUGCCGCGCCACAGCAGAAGCAGCUCGACCGACUCGAUCGAGUCGCCCGCGCUUCUACAGGCCAACUCUAUCACCGAGCAACUCAACCUAGACGAUAUUUCCUUGGGUGGCUUUUCCACUACGCAGUCGGAAAUGUUGCCCGCUCAGCUGCUUGAGUCGUUCAGUUUGGAUGGGUUCCCGAAAAGAGCAAACUCGCUUUUCAUCAACAAUAAUGAAAUCGCCAGCCUGCUGCUGCUGGUGUCAUCUUUGGCCAACCGCCUCGAAUCCCAUGACUUGGAAGAAUCUCUGCGGUGCAGAAGACUGUCCUCUCUUAAGGGCCCCCUUUCGCCCUCGCAUCAGAAGUUGAAGCUCAAUGGCCAUAUCCAUAAGCCAGGAUUGACCCAUGUGCACCAUGCUGUCCAGAACAAUUUCAUUUCAAACAAUGGCAACGAGUUCCACCUCCCUAAGGCGUUCUCGUCGGCUCCAUCUACUCAGUCGCUUCCGGACAUUGUUUCCACAGCCCUGUCGAAGAAUCUGGUAUUCAGCCAGGCGAUGAUGGAUGACGAUUUGGGUUUUGAGGACUUGCCGUCGCAUUAUGACACGGCAGACUUCAAACCAAGUACGCUUACCGACCGGGAGGACUUAUUUGGAAACAAUCCAUUCUUGUCCAGUUUCCAGUAA